AUGGAAGGAGGACCGAUGUGUACGCGAGAGGCGAUUCAGCGUGAACUUGAGAAAGAGAUGAUACGGGGGAUGAUUAUAGCAGAGGAAGUUGAGCGUCUUCACGUUUUGGAAGCAGAAGUGAGGAAAGAAUUGAUGAUUGGACGAGAGAUAAUGGCAAUGAAGAACGGAAAGGGAUUUUCAUCGUCGUUUAUGCCAACCACGUCUGGAGCUGGACAUAACCCACCACCAUCAUUACAUUCAACCGAGCUUAAUUCCUACAGUCAAAAGAAGAAUAUAGAGUGGAAAUGUCCGGUCUGUAAGGUUAGUGCACCAUGUGAGAAUGGUUUCCUGCAACAUCUUGCAGGAAAAAAACACAUGGCCAAAGUGGCAACUAUCAAUUACUCAUCCAAAUGGACAUGUCCAAUCUGUGAGGUUAGUACAACGUGUGAGAGUGGUUUACUUGAUCACCUUAGAGGAAAAAAACAUAAAGCCAAUAUGGAGUCUUUGAGAGGUUACAACAAUGGUAAAAGUAACAAGUCUGUUGAGACACAUGAGCCAUUUGUGAUUAAGAACUUUUUAGAAUAUGUUUCAAAUGAUUCGAAAGAAGAUACAAAGAAGGAAAUGGAGUGGAGAUUUCGGAUCUGUGAGGUGAUUGCAACAAGUGAGAUUGAUUUACAGAAGCAUAUUGCGGGAAGGAAACAUAAGGCUAAGGUGGUUACUUUAGGAAAAGGAAAAAACAUUUAA